AUGUUAUGGAUUUUAGCAUUAAUGCAGAGUAUUUAUGGAAUACCAUGCGGAUACACAUUAGAUUAAAAUAACUAACCCAUAGAAACAGAUAAGGAACCCUGGAUUAAUGAAAAAUUGAGUGCUUGUAAAUUCUAUGAGAAAUCUCCUGUAUGUUGCACUCAAUCAUAAGAUGAAGGAAUUGGAAAUGAUUUUGUCUCAUUAGAUGCAACCUUUGGAAGUGAUGGUGAUGGAUGUGAUAUGUAUACAUAAAAAAUAUAUAUAAUAUAGUUGUGCUGCUAAUAUGAAAAGAUUUUGGUGUGCUUAUUCAUGUGAUCCAAGAUAAGGAGAAUUUCUUAAAAUUACUGGCAGAGCAAAUGUCACUGAUCCAAGGAAUCCCAAUAGAACCAUUGAUGUAUAGACUGUAACUUUACGUAUACAUCCUUAAGUAGCAUGUGUAAAAUAUAUAUUAUUUAUAUUAGGAUGUAUUUUCUUCUUGUAAAAGAACAAAUUUUGCUUCUCAAGUCAGUGCAAUGUAGACUCCUGGUGGAUUCUUUACCUUUUAGGCUGAAUAAGGAGUGUAUGAUAUGAUGUAAUUAUUUAGAUCUUCAUCUCUAUAAUUAAUUGCUAUUGAGUUUUCAGAAUAAAAUUCUUUAUUAAUGCCUAACACUGAUAAUUGUAAUCAAACAUUUGAAAAGGCUGCCGAUGGUAAAUUUUAUGAUCCAUAUCAAUUUGAAAUCAAAAAGCCUUGUGGUUGUAAUACUUGUGAAGAUUCUUGUGAUUCCUAAAAAGUCUUAUAUUAAGAACCAGGUUCUAUUUAAAUAUUUAUGAGUAGGAGUCUUUUAUGGAUUUGAUUGGCAAUAUGUAUUGUUUGCAUGGGGUUGGGCAAUUUUAUUUGCAAUUGGUUUCACUCUUUAUAGAUAAUGCAAGAGAAAGAAUGCCAUCUUAUAAGAAGAAGGAGACUCUAUUUAUAAUUGA